AUUAUCGCAGGAUGCGAAGAGGUUCUUGUGCGCGUGGGCCACAAUUUGUAAAAUAUCUGCAUUUCAAACAUGCAAAUUUUGGCGCCAUUUUUUAUGACACCGCUGUUUAUUUCUUUGACGUGUCAUGUUAUCGUAAAAAUUGCUACAAUUUUUAAAUGAAAUGUCUCGUUUCUUAACUUUUAUCUUUAAUAUCGCAUUACACAAUUAAUAAUCGAUUAGUCUAACCCGAUAAUAUAACGAAUUCUUAAUGCUUCUAACACAUAACAGGAACUUAUUAGGUUAGUUUUCUGAAGCAGUAAUCCAAAUAUAAUUCACGUUUUUAUUACGACCCCUAAAAACAUCAACAAUGAAACAUCCUUCAGGUGACGCGUCCAAAGCUCACAUGCUGAAAUAUCUGAGUUUGUUUGUCUUAACCGUUCAAAAUGCUUUGCUAGGCCUAAGCAUGAGGUAUGCUAGAACAAGAGAUGGUGACAUGUUCUUAUCAUCAACAGCUGUUUUUAUGGCAGAAGUAGUGAAAUUAGUAACUUGUUUAAUAAUCGUCUACGCCGAAAGUGGUGGAAUUGUGCAACUUUUCGACGCAAUAGACAAUCAAAUCAUCAAACAACCUAUCGACACGUUAAAAGUAUGCGUCCCUUCGUUCGUAUACGUCGUCCAAAAUAAUCUCCUCUAUGUAUCUGCGUCACAUUUGGACGCAGCAACAUAUCAGGUCACUUAUCAGUUGAAGAUUCUCACAACGGCAAUAUUCGCCGUCCUAAUACUAAAAAAAGAACUUUUGAAAACACAGUGGGUAUCCCUGGUUUUGUUGAUCAUUGGUGUAGUUCUUGUCCAAUUGGCGCAAACUCCGGUUAGUACACAAGUACACUCAGGGCCUGAACAAAAUCGCUUCGUUGGUUUCAUGGCGGCUCUUUCUGCCUGUGUACUAUCGGGUUUUGCCGGGGUUUUUUUCGAAAAAAUGCUCAAAGGUAGUGAUAUCACAGUGUGGAUGCGCAACGUGCAGUUGAGUGUUUGUUCAAUUCCUUUUGCGCUAAUUUCGUGUUUUGUAUAUGACGGGAAUAUUAUCUCACAACAGGGGAUGUUUUUUGGAUACGAUAAAUUCGUUUGGUAUCUUGUUUUGUUGCAAGCUUGUGGCGGGUUAAUUGUUGCAGUUGUUGUUAAAUUCGCGGAUAAUAUUUUGAAAGGAUUCGCGACUUCGUUAGCUAUUGUUAUCUCUUGUAUUGCUUCUAUUUAUAUCUUUGACUUCCAACUCACAGCUCAGUUUACGCUAGGAGCGGCUUUUGUGAUAGGGUCCAUAUUUUUGUAUGGACACACUCCGAAAAAAAAUAUCCCAAUGUCGUCCUAUAAGGUAUAAGGGAUUUUUAUUUACUUUUACAUUUGAAUUUUUUACUCGUUAUCUUAUUUUAACGCUUGCAGCAUCUCAAUUUUUAAUCUUAUGUGAAAUUUCCUAAACGCGGGCCAUAUUACUGUGUUACGAUCUUUCUUAUACAGGGUGCGCCAGAACUCGCGCCCCAGAGAAAAAUGCCAUAAAAGGUAAGAUACCAGGAACAUGGAAAAAAUGUUAAAAAAAAAUUAUCUAUAAAAAUUUCGAAGUUAUGAGGGUUUAAA